UUUUUUCCCAAUUGUCAAAAUAUUUGUGACAAAACAGAAGAAAAUUUGCUUAUUUUGUGAGAAAAUUUUGUGCUUUUCUGCAAGUUUUUUCUGCGAAUUUCCCAUCGAAAAUGAUACGAUUUAUCUUGAUACAAAAUCGUGCGGGGAAAACGCGCCUCGCAAAAUGGUACAUGAAUUUCGAUGAUGAUGAAAAGCAGAAAUUAAUUGAGGAAGUUCAUGCUGUGGUGACUGUCCGGGAUGCUAAACACACCAACUUUGUCGAGUUCAGGAACUUCAAGAUUGUCUACAGACGCUAUGCUGGACUCUACUUCUGCAUCUGUGUGGAUGUGAAUGAUAACAAUUUGUGCUACUUGGAGGCGAUUCACAACUUUGUGGAGGUUCUCAAUGAAUACUUCCACAAUGUCUGCGAGCUAGAUCUCGUGUUUAACUUCUACAAAGUCUACACGGUGGUGGAUGAGAUGUUCCUGGCCGGGGAGAUCCGGGAAACGUCUCAGACAAAAGUUCUCAAACAACUCCUCACACUCAACUCAUUAGAAUAAAAAGGACAAAAGGAUGAAAAAAAAAGUUAUAUUGAAUAUUCGUGAUUCCCAGAGCAGGAAGUUGCGGAGAAAGAAAAAAUAAUCUAAUUGUUAAUGCUUGUUCUCUCGAAGACUCACCUGCGAGACUAUUAUUAUAUACAAUAUGUACAUUUUUCUUCAGGAUGAAGGAAGAAUGAUAGAUUUAUUCCAAAAUUAUAUUUAAGUUUCCAUGAAGGACCCUUUCACCGCUGUUUAGAAUCAUUCUCAUUUAAUAAAUGAUUUAAUUCCACGUAUAAAUUGAAAA